AAAUCUUACAUGACACGUAUUUUUGUUAAGAAAAGAGAGACCCAAAAUCUUGGAAACCCUAAUUGUUUCAAUUGUCAAACUUCCAAAACCAUCAAGUACCACCUUCUCCUCUCCUUCUCCUUCUCCAUUUAUCACUUUCUUUCUGCUAAACUUCAACAGAUGUAAGUGUUGUAUGUAUGGCUGUAAGUAACCCUUAUCACCCAACACCAAAAUCUAUCUCGGAACAAGAAUAGUCAAAAUCUCUCAAUUCUUCACUCCACCAAUUCUCUCAAUAAAACGACAAAAUAUUCUUCACCAUGGCCACCGAUGCCACCACCACCAAAUUCCAAAACCCCACCGAUUUCCGCCCAGAUUUCCACUCGGAGAAAGUCUCCUCCGCAACCUCUUAUGACGGUCUCCAUUUUUGGCAAUACAUGAUUUCCGGUUCAAUAGCCGGCCUUGUAGAACACAUGGCCAUGUUCCCUGUUGACACAGUCAAGACCCAUAUGCAAGCAAUCGGGUCUUGCCCCAUUAAAUCCGUUAGUGUAACCCACGUCCUCAAUUCCCUUCUCAAAUCCGGAGGCCCUUCUUCCCUUUACCGUGGCAUUGCCGCCAUGGCUCUUGGCGCUGGUCCUGCCCACGCUGUCCAUUUUUCAGUUUAUGAAGUCUGCAAGAAACAUUUGUCGCGAGACAACUCAAAUAGUUCAAUUGCUCACGCCGUUUCUGGUGUUUGUGCAACGGUUGCUAGCGAUGCGGUUUUUACACCAAUGGAUAUGGUAAAGCAGAGAUUGCAACUGGGGAGUGAUAGUGUUUAUAAGGGUGUUUGGGAUUGUGUUAAGAGGGUGGUGAGAGAAGAGGGGUUUGGUGCAUUUUAUGCUUCGUAUAGGACGACUGUUUUGAUGAAUGCUCCAUUUACUGCGGUUUAUUUUGCAACAUAUGAGGCUGCGAAGAAGGGCUUGACGGAGAUUUCUCCUGAGAGUGCUAAUGAUGAGAAGUGGGUUCUUCAUGCUACUGCUGGUGCUGCAGCUGGAGCACUGGCGGCAGCUUUUACCACACCACUCGAUGUUGUUAAAACUCAGUUGCAGUGUCAGGGUGUUUGUGGGUGCGACAGAUUUAAAAGUGGUUCAAUUGGAGAUGUGAUUAAAACAAUAGUUAAGAAGGAUGGUUACAGAGGCCUCAUAAGAGGUUGGAUCCCAAGGAUGCUCUUCCAUGCACCAGCCGCAGCAAUCUCCUGGUCUACAUACGAGGCCUCAAAAUCUUUCUUUCAGGAACUCAAUGAUAAUAGUAACAGUGACAAUGUCACUUGAAUAACCAAGGAGCGAAAGGGUAUUCGCUAUCCUGCUCUGAUGCAUCGCAAUAAUGUGUACAAGUAAUGAGAUGCUAGCUUCCCACGAGAGAUCACAAGCAAGCACGUGUAUCAUUUUUUCAGGCCUCGUUGCUGUCUAUUUAAUUGGUAUUACGAGUCAAAUUGAUUGGUCAUAUAGAAUUUACUGCUGAGUACUUAGCUGCUAGUUUAAUAAUCCUGUUGUCCCUGCAUUUUUUCCUAAAAAUUUUCAGUUUCAUAAUGAUGCAAGAUUCUUUUAUUUCUACAAAAAAUUUAUCGUUUAUCUG